AUGUUAAAAACGUGCGUGAAUUCCGUGUCAGUUUGUCAGGUUCGGCAGAUGUUGCUUCGAAGUGCCAUUCGGAAUGUGUCCCUCGGUCCCACGUUGCAAAGCAAAGAGCAGCUGAAACCGAACCGAUCGUUCGUUAUGAACGUGUUCAGUGGGAAACUACAAACGGCCGAACUGUUUCCGUAUCCGGAGCCAUUGAGCGACGAGCAGAAGGAAUACGUGCAGGCGUUUGUUGAUCCAACGGUUAAAUUUUACCAGGAAGUAAACGAUGCCGCUCGAAACGAUGCAACGGCCAACGUCGACCAGGCGGUUGUGGACGCGUUGUGGGAUCAGGGAUUUCUCGGUCCGUUUAUUCCCACCGAGUACGGUGGGUUAGGACUAUCGAAUUCUCAGUCGGUGCGGCUGUCCGAGAUCUCCGGCGGCUACGAUCUUGGUAUGUGCAUCUACGCCGGAGCGCAUCAGACCAUCGGCACCAAAGGUAUAAUGCUGUACGGCACGAAGGAACAGAAGGAAAAGUACUUACCUCAGCUGAGUUCGGGUCGCGUAUUUGGAGCGUUUGCACUUACCGAACCGGGUACGGGUUCCGAUGCCGCCUCGGUGAAAACGAAAGCGAUCCUGAGUCCCUGUGGGAAGUAUUACAUCCUGAAUGGUUCGAAACUGUGGUGCUCGGGUGGUGGAAUCGCGAACAUCUUCACCACCUUCGCCCAGGUGGAAGUGGCCGAUCCGCAGACGGGUGAAAAGAAAAACAAAAUGACGGCAUUCAUCGUUGAGCGACAGUUCGAGGGUGUUAGCACGGGACCACCGGAAGAUAAGAUGGGCAUUAAGUGUUCCGUUACGACAGAAAUAUUCUUCGACGAUGCCAAAGUGCCGGUGGAGAACGUCCUGGGGGAGAUCGGCAGUGGGUUCAAGAUUGCCGUGAACAUCCUCAACUCCGGUAGGUUCGGCCUUGGUGCUAUGCUUUCGGGAACGAUGAAAACGUGCAUCGAAAAAGCCACCGAACACGUGACCAGUCGUGUGCAGUUCAAGAGGAAGCUGAUCGAGUUUGAGAACGUCCAGGAGAAACUGGCCAUGAUGGCUACCCACCACUAUGUGGCGCAGAGUCUCACCUACAUGGUGGCAGGAAAUAUGGAUAAGGGAUCGGUGGACUUCCAUCUGGAGGCGGCCGUUAGCAAGGUGUUCUGCACGGAAGCGGCGUGGUACGUAUGUGACGAAGCCAUUCAGCUGCUCGGAGGCAAUGGGUUCAUGAAGUCCAGUGGAUUGGAGCGGUUUCUCAGGGAUAUGAGGAUCUUCCGAAUCUUCGAGGGUGCGAACGAUGUGUUGCGAAUGUUUAUCGCCUUAACCGGAAUCCAGCAUGCGGGAAAAGAUCUUCGGGAGCUUCAGAAGGCGUUGAAGAAUCCUCUGGGAAAUAUAGGAGUGGUUCUGGCGGAAGGAUCGAAACGUGCCGGACGCAAGGUUGGAGUAGGAGGAACUGAUUUAACUCCAUUCGUGGCGAAAGAACUACAGAACGCUGCCAAACAGUGCGCCGAGUGCGUGGACAAGUUCAGCCAAACCAUCGAAUCUCUGCUCGCGAAGCACGGCAAGGGCAUCGUUGAACGUCAGUUCCAGCUGGCCAGGGUAGCCGACUGCGUCAUCGAUAUCUACACCAUGGCGACCGUGCUGUCGCGUGCUACCCGGUCCUCGAAGAAGGGAUUACCGUCGGCUCAGCAUGAGCUCGUGAUGGCGCAGCUGUGGUGCCAGGAGGCUAGCAAUCGGGUGCACCGCAAUUUGAACCGGAUUCACUCGACCGCCUUCCAGAACCAUUAUCAACGGAUGGCACUGGUGGCGCGGAACGUGUCCGAACGGCGCGGCGUUGCGCACACUAAUCCACUGGAGAUUGAUUAA